GCAAAGUGACAAGACCUCUCUAUUCCGCGCUAUAACAUUCACAACAGAAGCCCAAACAAUAACGGGAAUAAGACGAGGGAAAGAAGACAAGUUCUGCUACCGGUAAACCAAGGAUUGCCACUGGAUCUCUUUAUACCGGCGCAUGUUCUGCUUUGCUCUUGAUGAUAAUCAUAUAAAAGCCGUACAAAGUGGAGGUUGCGAUUGGACGUCUACGAAACUUUUUUGUUGGUUUUGACUUUAUGGAUUUUGCUUUAUUAAACGUGGGCUCUUCGUUAUAUUGUGGAUUUUAAAAACGAAAUUCGCGGAGGACCAAGAUAUUGUGUGGAUUUCCCCCAGUUUUCUUUAUUAUUCAUUAUAUUUUAUUAUAAUAAUUAUUAUUAUUAUUACCGUUUAUAUUAUUGUCUUUUUUUUCUUUUUUUUUUUUGAGGGAAGAGGGGGACGUUCAAGAACUCAAUUUUAGUGGAUUUUACGCAGGUGCUUCGGUACUGAAGGGCAGAAUGGAAUUGUUACUUUGACCCACGAUAUCACAAGGUUAAUUCAUAUUCAACAGCUUCGCUUCUCCAAUUGUUUUGAGGGCGCACAAAGAAACCAGACUGUUCUGUAACACUCACUGCAACAAACCACUGGAAGUACAAUCAUGAACUUUGUUUUUUAUUCGGUACAGUUAUUUUUUGCAGCUCUCCUUCAUCUGUCUUCUGUAGUACAGACUGCCCACAUACCCAAAGAAGAGGGGAAGAGCAAAAAUGACGUGAUUCUCUUCAUGGAUGUGUAUAAAAAGAGUGCGUGUAAGACACGGGAGGUGCUGGUAGACAUCAUCCAAGAGUAUCCAGAUGAGAUUGAGCACACGUACAUCCCAUCCUGUGUGGUUCUGAUGCGCUGUGCAGGCUGCUGCAACGACGAAGCGCUCGAGUGUGUCCCAACAGAGACUCGCAACAUCACAUUGGGGGUAUUACGAGUCAAACAACGUAUAUCACAGCACAAUUUUCAUCUGAGUUUCACAGAACACACCAAGUGUGAAUGCAGGCCAAAGGAAGAAGUCAAAGCAAAGAAAGAAAACCACUGUGAGCCUUGUUCAGACAGAAGAAAGCGCUUGUAUGUUCAGGACCCCCUCACCUGUAAAUGCUCCUGCAAAUUCACACAAUUGCAAUGCAAGUCCAGACAACUUGAGUUAAACGAAAGAACUUGCAGAUGUGAAAAACCAAGAUGAUUGGCGGGCCGCUGAGCACAACACUGAAUGAAGGACUUUUUUUUCUACAGCACAGCACUUUUAAAAACUGAGGAUGCAUUCCCUGGACUGAAAACAUUACCCCAAUGAAAGACAAAGAUUGAAACAAGGGCAGGAGGUAUCAUCCCAAUGUAUAUUUUAAGAUAUUAAUAUAUAUAUAUAUAUAUAUAUAUAUAUAUAUAAUAUGCUGUAUAUAUAAUGAUAUCAGCAUCACACAUUGUCAUUUAAUAUAUAUAUAUAUAUAUAUAUAUAUAUAUAUAUAUAUAUUGUAUAUACACAUACAUAUAUAUGUUAAAUGACAAUGUGUGAUGCUGCUAUCAUCUGAAACACUACAUACAAAUAAACGAAUAUGCUGCUCGCAUGUGAACGGGAUAAAUUCCAGUGUCACUUCACCUGUGACUAUGAUUGGACAGUGAGCUCAGGGCUCGAUGUAACUCUUCACUGGACCAGGCUGCUGUGGAUUUAUAUUUAAAGACACAGAUCGAGUGACCAGGACUUCAAACAACAAGUCUCCUCCACACUUUUAUAUGAACAGUCAUUGGCUGUCAAGCAAAGGAGGGGACGUGGCAUAAUAAAGACUUCUUUUAUCCGGACUGAUUGGAACUGUGGGUCCAGGCACGGAAUAUGAAUGCGGAACUAUCCAUUUCUGUGAUAUGUCACUCUUACAAGGGUGAAGUCUUAGUCAAAAGACACCUAUACUGACUAACAUCCAAUAGGACUUGGUGUGAUUAUACUAAAGGGAUAUUAAAUGUAGGUGCACAGUGUAGGGAAAUUUGAAAUAUGUGACAUAAGCUAGAACUUGAUUCUGACUUGCCAAGAAAUGUCAUUCAGCUCAUCGUAGUAGUAACGAAUAAUUGUUUAAGAUUCAAAACGUUUUCCAAAGAGAAAAUUGCACACCACGUUAGGAGCAGUUCAUUACCACACAAUAUCUGUAUUUACAUAUCUAAUAUCCCUUUUUGUAGUUACACUACAUCUAAUUUAUAAUGCUAGAAUAUUUUCAGUAUUGUGUGUAUUUAAUUUCAUGAUCUAUUUAUAUGCAGUGUUAUUGUUAAUGUUUUGCUUUGUUUCUUAUCGACAUUGUCGCCAUUCUGAAAAACGGUAGAUGGCUGUUAUAGAAAGAGAACUGAAAAGAGAAACGACACUUCGACAUUCCUGAAAGCGCCUUUUUUAGUUUGAACAGUUUUGUAUCAGUGAUCAGUUUGGUGGCGAAACAAAAAAGUUUUAUGAUUGAAAAAUACAUUCUCUUUUGUGUGAAGGUGCCAGAAAUACAUUUUAUGUUUGUUUGCCAUGUACAGCCACAUUUUCAGUAUAUUUUCACAUUAAUAUAUUUAUUUGUGCUGUAAAAUAUUAAAUAUUAACAUCAUUUUAUGUUUUUAGUAAAACUAUUAAACAUAUUUAUUUUCAAAAGAUGUUGUUUUUUAUUA